AUGUCCACACAACCAAUCCGGAUCGGCUUCAUCGGACUCAACAAGACCGACUCCUGGGCCGUUAAUGCGCAUCUACCAUAUCUGAAAGACUCCGCCAAGUACAAAAUCGUAGCCCUACUGAACAGCUCCAAGGAUUCUGCCCAAGCCGCCAUCGAAUCCCACGGCCUGUCAUCCGACACCAAGGCCCAUGGCUCAACAGAGGCUUUCGCAGCCGAUGACAACAUUGAUCUCAUAGUUUGCAGUGUGAGGGUGGACAGACACUACCCCAUACUCAAACCAAUCCUCGAAGCCACGAAAGCGAAAGCAGUUCAUUGCGAAUGGCCGCUCGGGAAGAAUCUGGCCGAAGCCGAGGAACUCACUGCUUUGGCGAAGAGCAAAGGUCUCAAGACGAUCAUCGGUCUGCAAGGUCGUCAAUCGCCAACCGGACAUGUCGUGAAAAGAUUGCUCGACGAAGGAAGAAUUGGGAAGCCCUUGAGUGUUACAAUCACAUUCGCAGGCUACAAUUUCGGCGAAGCCGAUCUCGAACCUCUAGCAUAUCUGUCCGACAUCGAAAUCGGCGGAAACAUGGUGACGAUCCAUUUCUCCCACACCCUGGACGUCAUCACCAACGCCGUGGGCCAGCUCGCAUCCUACUCCGUAGUCCUCGACACCAAGCGCGAGAAGACUCUCCUUCGGAACAAACCUCACACCUACAAGCCGCAAAGCGAGACCGACGAGCCCGUCCAAAUCGUCGGAGAAGUCAAGCGGACUUCGCACGAUCAGAUCGCCAUCCAAGGUCAUCUCACGAACGGCGCGGUGUUCUCGUUCCACAUGCGAGGCGGCCAUCCCUUUCCAGAUACACCCGGUCUUGAGUGGCGAGUGUACGGUAAAGCUGGUGAGAUCAGGAUUACGACGCCUUCUGCGAAUUUACACUUCGGCGGGUCGGGGCAUAAGAUCCAGUUGCACGAUCACAAGUCGGGAAGCGUGAAGAACAUUGAAGUGCCGAAGGAUGAGUGGGACGAGAAGGAGCUGCCGAUCACCGCGCGUGCUCCUGCGAGGAUAUAUGAGGCGUUUGCUGAUGGGAAGGAGGAUGGGUACGGGACUUGGGAGGAUGCGGUGGUCAGGCAUCGUCUCGUGGAGGAGAUGUAUGCGAGAGCUAGGGAUGGCAGCACGGAGCCUGCGGCGAGAUACGCGCACUUGUAG